AUGACGAGCAACACUGCAGAUUCCCACCCUCUCGGGCACGUGGAUUUCUAUACUGGCCGAUGGCAUCCUAGCGAGAUGAGCGACAAGGACCCCAUUCCGGAGGAAUACAGGCAUCUCGCGAGUCCUCCCCAGCCUGAAGCCACUCCUCCUGCCUCGGUCUACACCCACAGCUCAGCAACCUUGGACAACCGAUCUGUUAAAAGCAGAUCUGUCAACAACGAGACCUUCAUACAUGAGGAAGAAAAUACUCAGUCUCCCGAAAAUGGGUCCAUCCCAUUUGAGAACACCAGCAAGGGGUCCUUCGAUAUCGCCUCCACCAUCCCGUAUGAGAAACUUGUCAAUGAGACCAUUGAGAACGGAGUCAUUCCGGAUCAGAAUAUCUACUAUCUACCCCCGGAGAACGGGUUCAUCCAGGAUGAGGGCAUGUACAACCCGUCCCCAGAGAAUGGGUUCUCCCCAUAUGGGAGCCUCAACAUCGAGUCCCCCAAGAGUGGACAUAUCUCUGAUGACAGCUACAACAUUGCCCCCCUCACCUGCCCCGCUAGCAGCGAGGGAACUCCAACCUACGAGGAAGUCUAUCAAACAAUUAAGCAGGACGUCCUCGAUGCGUCAGAAAGUGAUGUCGACACAAUAGUUUACGGCCCUAUAAAACCAGACAUGGGAUACCAGAUGGCAUGUGCAAUAGCCAACGACAUCAACGAUAUAGACAAUAUGAAGACCCAUGUCCAUUACGACUCAUUGACGCAGCGAUUUGAAAUCAGCAAACAAACGAGCAUAUCCGACACGAUCGGAGAAUGGUUCAGCAGAGUGAUCAGGGGGUUGUACCUUCACGGAAAAUUGACCGUCUCCGAGUUUCGACAGUUAAUGAUUCUUGAAGGGGAAUGGACCGACGGCUUCACCUACCCAUACUACCUAUCCGCCAAACAACCCGCUAUCCAAGUACGCACACCCGACCAGAAAAUGCCGCGCAUUGUUUUCGAAAUCGGCUGGAAGGAGAGUAUAGACCGGAUGUACAACGACGUGGAUCUCUGGGGUUACGGCAGCUAUCCGAACGUGCAAGUCGUUAUCCUUGUUCAGUGGACGCUUCAUCUUGACAAUCGAGUUGAAGGGGCUAUAAUGGUUUAUAGACCCCAGGUAGAUCAAAUUGAAGUGGAUGGUGCGGUGGAAUUUUACAGGAAAGGGAUGCAGUUGGUGCAGAUUGAGUCGAUAUUUCCAAAACCGCUCUCAGGACGACGAGAAAAAAAGAUUUGUUUGAACCGGGGAGAGCUUUUCGGGAAUGCGUUAGUGCCGGGUCGGGAUCCGACGGAAGUUUUUGAGUUCUAUUUGAACGAGUUGCAGGACCUUGCGGAAGCAAAUAUCAGAGAAUGUGGGCUUUUGCCGGCAGAGUAUGACAAUGAAGAGAUGGGGCUUGAUUUUGGUUUUGGAGAGAAUUAA